AGCGCUCCUCCCCUGUCUCUCCGGCUUUGUACACCGCGCUGAACCCACGCCGCGACUACCUUCUCCGAGACACCGGGGCUGCUAUACAUCCGAAAAUGGCUCUUCACGUUCCCAAAGCUCCGGGCUUUGCCCAAAUGUUGAAGGACGGCGCCAAGCACUUUUCAGGGCUUGAAGAGGCCGUUUAUCGUAACAUCAAAGCCUGUAAGGAGCUUUCUCAGACCACACGCACCGCCUAUGGGCCAAAUGGUAUGAACAAAAUGGUCAUCAACCACUUGGAGAAGCUCUUCGUCACCAAUGACGCCGCAACGAUUCUCAGAGAGCUUGAGGUGCAGCAUCCUGCCGCCAAAAUGAUUGUAAUGGCAUCCCACAUGCAAGAGCAGGAGGUUGGAGAUGGUACAAACUUUGUCCUGGUGUUUGCUGGAGCUCUGUUGGAGCUGGCUGAAGAGCUUCUUCGAAUGGGGCUGUCAGUGUCAGAGGUGAUUGAAGGCUACGAGAAGGCGUGUAAAAAGUCUCUGGACAUCCUGUCGGACUGCGUGUGUUCCUCAGCAGAGAACCUACGUGACAUUAAGGAGGUGACCUCUCUCAUUCGUACUGCCGUCAUGAGCAAACAGUACGGCAACGAAGACUUCCUCGGCCACCUCAUCGCACAGGCCUGUGUGUCCAUCUUCCCAGAGUCUGGAAAUUUCAAUGUUGAUAACGUCAGAGUAUGCAAGAUUUUGGGUAGUGGACUGACGGCGUCCUCCGUGCUCUACGGCAUGGUUUUUAAGAAGGAAGCCGAGGGAGACGUCACAUCAGUAAAAGAUGCCAAGAUCGCCAUCUUCUCCUGUCCCUUUGACUGCAUGAUGACGGAGACCAAGGGCACAGUGCUGAUAAAAACUGCAAAGGAGCUUAUGGACUUCAGUAAGGGAGAGGAGGAUAUGAUGGAGGCUCAGGUGAAGGCCAUCAAGGACUCUGGCGCCACCGUGGUGGUCACUGGGGGGAAAGUGGCCGACAUGGCGCUGCACUACGCCAACAAGUACCAGCUCAUGGUGGUCAGGCUUAACUCCAAGUGGGACCUCAGGAGGUUGUGCAAGACUCUGGGAGCCAUCGCACUGCCCAGGAUGACGGCCCCAACUCCAGACGAGAUGGGUCACUGUGACAAUGUGUACAUCGAGGAGGUGGGCGACACUCAGGUGGUGGUCUUUAAACACGAGAAGGACGACGGUGUCAUCUCAACGGUGCUGAUCAGAGGCUCCACUAACAACCUGAUGGACGACAUCGAGAGGGCCGUCGACGAUGGAGUCAACACCUUCAAGGUUCUGGUCCGGGACAAGCGACUGGUACCUGGAGCCGGAGCCACUGAGAUUGAACUGGCCAAACAGAUCACCCUGUAUGGAGAGUCCUGCCCGGGCCUCGAUCAAUAUGCCAUUAAGAAGUUCGCCGAAGCCUUCGAGGCUCUACCACGAGCCCUGGCUGAGAACUCUGGUGUGAAGGGGAGCGAGCUCAUCUCCAAGAUGUACGCUGCGCAUCACGAGGGAAACAAAAACAUCGGCUUCGACAUUGAGGGAGAAGGCCCCGCUUUGAAGGACAUGCUUGAAGGUGGCAUUCUGGAGCCGUACCUCGUCAAAUACUGGGGCAUCAAAUUGGCGACCAACGCCGCCGUCACAGUGUUGAGAGUCGACCAGAUCAUCAUGGCUAAAGCUGCAGGGGGACCCAAAACUCCCAAGCAGAGCGGCAACUGGGACAAGGACGAGUGGGAUGAGGCGCCUGAUAAUUUUGACACUCAUCAUUAGAGGGCGUGUGCACACGCACUCCCUCCUCCGUCAAUCAUCAUGGCUAAACCAGCAGGGGGACCCAAAACUCCCCAGGAAGGCAAGAAGGACUUUGAUGAGGAGGAUGACUGAAGCCGAGGCCUUCCAGCUGCUGCUGCUGUUGCUUUCACCCCGACCGCUCUCACAUGGAUUGACGAAACCUUUUCUACUUGUUUAUUUAAAGCUCAACAGUUUGGUUUAUUUUGUAGAAAUGACCACACAUUCAUUAAGAAAUGUGAAAGUCAAAUGUUGAUGGCACUGUUUGCUUUAUUUGUUCUUUGUCCCAAAUAAAAGGCACUUGGGAUGACA